AUGAGGCUGCUUUGCACGUCGGUGCUGUUGUUGCUGUCGACGAUUGCCAGUUUGCAAGCUUACGAGAAAUUGAAGAGCAUCUACUCGUGGAAAGCGUUGGACUUUGCAUUUCCAAACGAGUAUGCUAGACUUACGGCCAUUAAUAACGGUGUUUUCAUACCUGGCUCGCCACUGCCCAUCGACGUUGACGUUCACAAUGAAGAGCACAAAUCGACGGUGUUCAUGGCCAUUCCAAGAUUUCAGAACGGCGUACCCGUGACCUUGGGCUAUGUCACCAAUCAGACGUCACCGGAUGGAAACCCCCUAAUCACGCCGUACCCGAAUUGGACUUACAACGAUGCAAAUAAUUAUAGAUGAAUGCGACCGGCUAUGGGUCCUUGACACCGGAAAACUAGAAGAGAAACAAGUAUGCCCACCGAAGCUUCUCGUGUUUUCUCUCCGCGAGAAUCGACUGAUCACCACGCACAGAUUUCCUCGAGAUCAGUUCAAAGAGGACUCUCUGUUCGUCACGGUGGUCGUGGACAUUCGAGACAACGGAGAUAAUAAAUGCAAGAACACGUUCGCCUACAUCGCCGAUGUGACAGGAUUCGCGUUGAUCGUUUACGAUUUUUAUAAUUCGAGAUCCUGGAGGAUCAGCAACAACCUGUUUUAUCCUUAUCCGCCGUACGGCACGUUUAACAUCAAUGGCGACACGUUUGACCUGAUGGAUGGGAUCCUCGGUCUUGCCUUAGGACCCGUUCGCAACGGCGAUAGAAUUCUUUAUUUCCACUCGUUGGCCAGCAGAGUCGAAUCAUGGGUGCCUACUUCUGUAAUCAGGUCAGUUCUGAUGUCGUGUCGUCGAUCAUUAACAGCUAUUAAGCUAAAUAACGUUAACAAGAAUUGCUACCGCGUUCGAAACAAAUUUUUAACUUCUUGCGCUGGAGUGACGUGCCACGCAAGAAGUUCGAGAAUUUUUUGUCUCAAAAUUGCAAUAUUUUCUCAGUUUUAAGUAUAUUUGAAUAUAACCCAAAUAUAAGGCAAAACAAAUAAUAAAUUUAUUACUUCUUAGUGACAAUUUCUAUCCAGUGAUAUCAUAUCGACGAGUUCAAAAAGAAAGCGACGAAUUAUUGUGUAUAGUUUGGUCACUC